CCUUUCUUCAUCCUACCCCUCCUUAAUUAAGUUUUCACUUCAGGAAGGGGUGGUAUAAAGAGGCAACAUCCCGCCCUUGUUCUUCUGCACUCUCUCCCACCUAAGCACUCACACAUACACCUCUUACCACCGCAUACAUACCUCUAGCACCCUCACUGGGCACCGAUACAUCACAUGAAAAUUCAACUUUCCCAUAGUUGGGUUCCAGCGAUCCCAAACUUCAGCUCCAUAUAACACAGUACUUGCAGCACAGGGGUACAAGGGGGUACAUUCUCUAUCAACAGGGGAUCCAGACAUCUGCAACCGUGGACUCUGCAGAGGAAUCAGCUGUUGGUUUGUACACCAUGAGUACUCUAAAGGCAGAUAGUGAGCACAGUAAUAAUAUAGAGGAAGAGGUCAGAACCCUCUUUGUCAGUGGUCUUCCAAUAGACAUCAAGCCCAGAGAAUUGUACUUGCUCUUUCGCCCAUUUAAGGGCUAUGAAGGAUCACUGAUCAAGCUAACUUCAAAACAGCCUGUAGGCUUUGUUACCUUUGAUAAUAGAGCUGGAGCUGAGGCAGCAAAGAAUGCCUUAAAUGGUAUCCGUUUUGACCCAGAGAACCCACAGACGUUAAGGCUAGAGUUUGCCAAGGCCAACACAAAGAUGGCAAAGAACAAAUUAAUGGCUACACCUAACCCCACAAACCUCCACCCUGCACUUGGAGCACACUUCAUUGCACGUGAUCCAUAUGACCUAACAGGUGCUGCACUAAUCCCAGCCUCACCAGAAGCCUGGUCUCCCUAUCCACUGUACACUACAGAGCUGGCACCAGCUAUUCCUCACGCUGCAUUUGCAUACCCAGCUGCUGCUGCAGCAGCUGCAGCCCUCCAUGCACAGAUGCGUUGGUAUCCACCAUCUGAAGCGACCCAGCAAGGAUGGAAGUCUCGCCAAUUCUGCUAAAGCCUCUUUAGGAUUUUUUUUUUAUUUUUUUUUUUUGGUUUCUCCGUGAAGUGAUGUACCAGACAUAUGAGCAAGUGUUCAUAGCACAUUAAGCCUCUGUUUGGUCUAAUCCUUACAACAUGGAGUUGUCAUGCCAAUUCCUUCAACUACAAUGGACUCUAAAACUGUCCUUUUUCUGUGGGAAAAAAACAAGAUACUAUGGGCAAUGUCAGCAACUAAGUCUAAAUGAAGCAACACAAUCAUGUGACUUCUGAAACUGUUCCAACAGAACAUGGCUCAGCCAUGGUCUAAUUCUGUAGUACAAUGGAUCUUCCUUUUUUAUUGCAUGUUCAUUUUCCUGGCAUGAAUUUACUGUUGCAGUGUGUGCUUGUUACAUCUAUUGUAUACCAGUUUCAGCAGGUCUGUCUUGAGACAAUGUUUUGUUUUUUGCCUGCUUCUAAUGUGCUGCUCAAUCCACCACCUCAAAUGCAGUUUGCAAGUCCACUAACUGAAAUGUUAAAUAUUCUGUUCCUACAUUUUCAUUGGAGAGUCUGUUCUUGCCAAAUAAUGCAACCUUAUGAGGAAACAGAGUAAUAGUACCAGUAUUUUUGUAACUUGUUUAAUAAGGAAAUAUUUAUGCAUCAUGUUUUUGUUUUGUGUGGUAUUAAAAGAAUAUAUUAAUCUGUCAUAAAUUAUUGUUCAGUUAAAGAGCUCAGAUUCUGUAUGGCUUGUCUACUGUACUCUAUGAACAAUUGUGCAAUUUUGUUUUCCUGCAGUCUACUGCAUGGUAUUGAGUUUUUCAGUAUUAUGAAAUGUCUCUGCCUUGUGUAGAGAUGUUUCUCUAAUAAUCCUAUGAGAAUGUGAUACUGGAUAAAAUAUAAACUAUUUAAGAAAUGUUUGAAUGUUCUGACAAAAUAAAGUCAUUAAAAAAAGUUUUUUCAUGGAA